AUGCUGCCGAUGAUGAGGAACAGCACCAGCGACAGGAAACCCGGCACGACGAGCGGGUACAGCGUGAUGAUCGGCAGGAAUUCCAGAAGCAUGAUGCUGACGAAGAGGUGCAUGCGCCACACCUGGCGCUUGUGCCGCAUGCUCUGCCGGUUCUGCUCGUGCUUGGGGGGCAGCGGGGGCGCAACGGCCUUGAAGUACCGCAGGAACUCCUCCAGGUCGCUCACGCCAGCGAAGUUGUGGCUCUUGAUCGGCGGCAUCUUCCGUUCCGUCACGGGCACCUCCCACGAGAAGGUCAGCACCGGUUCGGCGUUCCACACCUUGUAG